GGGUAUGAGUGCAAAUUGGGGAGAGAGGAAAGACAAUAAUGGAGAAAGUCGGUAGUAAAAUAUUCCAACUCCGAUGAGCCAAAAUCUAUUACUCUUUAUUGAAUGAAGAAUCAAGAAUAUUUGUAGAAAGACUUUGGACGACACUUUUUAGAGUUCGAAUCCAGGAUACAAAACUAGUUGUACUUUAGAUUUUAGACUUUUGGAACAAAAUUUGGAUAGUGUGGAGUGAGCCACUCAUCUGGUGUGUGGUGAUGCAUAUGGAAUAUUUUGGGAGUGUUUAUAAAUUUUCUCUUCGAUUGUAUUCUAUCUGUUUUCUACGGGAAACUGUGCCAAUAUUUUUUGAACUGGUCUCAAUAAGUUUUUGUUACCCACCUACUAUUCUGAAAAUAGUGUUUAAUUUUUAUACGUAUCCAAUGGAUUCUAUAAUUUCGUUAGGAUAGAUUGAUUGCUCUCUAACGUUUUUAAGUUUUUGGUGGUGUAAUACGGGAGAAGGUGUUUUGAUAUGUAUAUAACCAAUUAUACCUGUAAGUUUCAAUUGCUUUCACAAUCUUAUCGCUCACAUUAUCUUCAUCCAUUAACACCUUCUUCUUACUACCACCACCACCACCACCAUCAUCAUCCAUAAACACCUUCAUUCCCUGGAUACACAAAAUCUUAUAUAAAUCCCUCGUAGAACUUUUGUAUUUGUUGUCUUCCUCAUGUCUGUUGAAACCUAUGAAAACAUUAAAAGGCAAAUGAGAUGCAUGAGAUGAUGAACCAGCCAAAACCAUGCUUCUUUCUUCUACAAACACAAUCUCUCAAUCAACUCAAGUUCACUAUAAAUAAGUUUUGAAAACAAAGGAAUAAUACUAGGGAAAAUGUUGAGAAACUCAUUCUUGGUUUACUUUAAAUAUGAAGGUGAGGGCAUUCUGUUAGAUACCUAGAUUAGAAUAGGGCAGGGGUAUAAGGGUAAUUAGACAUGUAGGCAGUUACAUGGUUAUAAAUAGGAAGUUGGUGAAAGAAGAAAGGGAGAUCAGUUUUGUGGGUAGUUUCUCUGCACUCUUCCUUGAGAGAGAGGAUAGGCAGAGAGGGUAGCAUUUUACUUGUUCUUAGUUAGUUUCUGCAUUUUCAUAUCAGAAUUGAUAUUCAUCAAUUCUUCUCCGUAAUAGUGAGGUUUAUAUCAAUUGAAUAAGAACACUUCUAAUUGGUGUUCUAUCACAUUCUUAUAAAUUUGUGAAAAUGUAUCACCACUUUAUCAACUUGUUUGAAAAGAUAUAUAUGUUUUGUCAAUUUCUCUUGAGUUAAUGCCUUACCUAUCUUUCAUUCUUCAAUUUAUUAUUUUGACAAAGUCAACAUUACACGACAUUGACUUCGACUAUAAAGUGUAAAUACAGCUUCCUACUAAUUACAGGUCUGAGAAAUAGUGAAAAUCUCUAGUUCAUUUUAAUUGGACCAGGUAUGAGAAUUCCCAACUACACCUAUUAAUUACAGGGCACCCCACCAUGUUCUUGACAGAUUGAAAAGUCUAUAGGUUAUUUGUUGUUUAGUCCUGAUUGGGGAGACAACGUAGUUGACUUGGUCUCUCCUUAUUGUGUAUGUGAAUGAUUGAAGGAAGGCAUUCAUAUUGUUUAGUUAUUUUUCAUUUCCUUCUCAUGUUGUUUUCUAUAUCUUCCAUUAUUGAAAAACUUCAUCAUAAAAAAUUCAUUGAUUGGAAGAUGAGUUUUGAUAAUUUCACAAGUUUUAGAUGCGAAGAUACUUGUAAUAGGUUUACGGGGCAUUUGUACAAGGAAUUCUGAAAAUAGUGUUUAGUUUUUAUAAUUUAGUUAGGAUACAUUGAUUGCUCUCUAUUGUUUUUAAGUUUCUGGUGGUGUAAUAUGAGACAAGGUGUGUUGAUAUGUAUAUAGCCAAAUAUACCUAUAAGUUUAUUAUUUUCCCUCCGAGUACUUUUCAUUUCUUUUCAAUGGGAAGCGAUGAGGGCACUAAGGGUGUGUCAAUUUAAUUGAGAUGUCUAGGUGCGCCUAUUGAUCCUAAAUUUCUUUAUUCUCUACUCGUUGUAUACCCCUCCCUGUACUUUGAGCAGCAGUCUCAUUAUUAUUAAUAAAGAGGCUUGUUUCCUUUUUAAGAAAUUCUAUCACAUCAGUUCCUUCAAAAUUUCAAACCUUUUUUCAUUGAAGAACGACUUUCAUUAAGAAAAGAAAAAUGAAAGAAACAAAGCCAACUUAUAAGCUUGCUCUUCUUGACCUUCAAAGGACUGACAAUAAACACUCGAGAAAGAGCUGAGGAAGAGAGGAAGAGAAGUGGUUAUCGUCGCUGCUGUCUUUCGAGCAAGCCACCGUGGGCGUGUUGCUGUUGCUGUAAUUGUGCCAUCUCUGCUGUGGACCUUACAAAAUGCAGAGUUCAUCAUCGUCUUCUUUGGAUCGUCCUAAGAUGAACUAUGAUGUGUUCAUAAGCUUUAGAGGUAGAGAUGUUCGUCACACUUUUGCAGGAUAUUUGUACGAUGCUUUGAAUCGUUUGGGGAUAAAAGCUUUCCUGGACAACAAGAGGUUUCUAAUUGGAGAUGAUCUUCAUGACUUAUUCAAAAUAAUCGAUGAAUCAAGAUCAGCAAUUGUUGUUCUUUCAGAAGACUAUGCUUCUGCUAAAUGGUGUUUGAGAGAGUUGACUAAGAUAAUGGAUUCCAUGGGAACCUCAAUGGAGCGUGUCCUUCCUGUGUUUUAUCAUAUUGAUCCAUCAAUUGUUAAAGAUCAAUCUGGAACUUUUAAGACAAGUUUUGAUGAACAUGAAGCCAAUGUUUUAAAGGAAAUUGAUAAUCAAGAGAAGGAGAAGCGCUUGAAGGAACUCCAGAAUUGGAAAAGUGCACUGAAGAAAAUUGGCAAUCACACUGGAGUUGUCAUCACUAAGAACAGUUCUGAGGUAGAUAUAGUAAAUAAAAUUGCAAGUCAAAUAUUCGAUGCAUGGCGUCCUAAGUUGGAAGCAUUGAAUAAGAAUUUAGUUGGAAUGACAUCCCGAUUGCUCCAUAUGAACAUGCAUCUUGGUUUAGGAUUAGACGAUGUACGCUUCGUUGCGAUAGUAGGAAUGGGUGGUAUUGGUAAAACAACUAUUGCUCAAGUCGUUUUUGAUUGCAUUCUUUCAAAGUUUGAAGAUUGCUGCUUUCUAACAUUACCUGGAGGUGAUUCAAAGCAAAGUUUAGUGUCAUUACAACGGGAAAUGCUUUCUCAAAUUUUUCAUAAAGAAGAUUUUAGAAUAUGGCAUGAGAAUCAUGGAGUAGAGAUGAUUAAAAAUCGACUGAGUGGUAGAAAGGUUCUUAUUGUUCUUGAUGGCAUCGAAGAGAGAAGGCAGUUAGAAAUGUUGGCUGGAAGCAUCGAGUGGUUUGGUCCUGGAAGCAGAAUCAUCAUUACAACUAGAAAUAAAGGAUUAUUGUGCCAUCCUAAUUAUGAUGAAAUGAAAGUAUACAAUGUUGAAGAACUAGAUCAUGAUAGUGCCCUUCAACUCUUUUUGAAGCAUGCAUUUGGUAGUAAUCAUCAAAACAAUGACAGUUUCAUGGAUCUUAGUAAUGAGAUAGUUGAGAAGGCUAAAAGACUUCCAUUAGCUUUAAGAGUGAUUGGAUCUUCUUUGUAUGGUAAAGAUAUUACAGUAUGGAGAGAAACGUUGAAGAGGCUGAUCAAAGUGGAUGAAAGAAAUUUUUUUGAUGUAUUGAAAAUAAGUUAUGAUGGAUUAGGAGUUGAAAGCCAACAAGUUUUUCUUGACAUUACAUGUUUCUUCAAUGGAAAAAAUGAAGAUAGAGUAAUUGAAAUAUUAGAGAGUUUUGGUUAUAGUCCUAAUAGUGAAGUACAAUUACUGAUGCAAAGAUGUUUAAUUGAAGUUUCACACAAGAAAAUAUUGGUGCAUGAUUUAAUUCUUGAAAUGGGUCGAGAAAUUGUGCGUAAGGAGUCCCUCACUCAAGCAGAAAAACAGAGUAGGAUUUGGCUUCAUGAAGAUCUUUACUGCAGGUUUGCUGAAAAACAUGACUUGAUGCAUAUUCAAGGGAUAGUUUUAAGUUUGGCAAAAGAAAUGGAAGAAUCAAUAGAAUUGGAUGCUGAAUCCUUUUCAGAGAUGACCAAACUAAGAAUACUGGAAAUCAGUAAUGUGGAGCUCGAUGAAGACAUUGAAUAUCUCUCUCCACUCUUACGGAUAAUUAAUUGGCUUGGCUAUCCUUCGAAGAGUUUGCCCCCAACGUUUCAAUCCCGCUAUUUGUUUGAACUACUCUUGCCUCAUAGUCACCUUUUACGAAUUUGGGAUGGAAAAAAGAGAUUUCCAAAGCUGAAAUUAAUUGAUGUUAGUAACUCAGAACACUUGAGGGUGACACCUGAUUUUUCUGGGGUUCCAAAUCUUGAGAGAUUGGUUCUAUGUAACUGUGUUAGACUGUGUGAGAUUCAUCCCUCCAUCAAUUCCCUCAACAAACUCAUUUUACUGGAUUUAGAGGGUUGUGGUGAUCUUAAACAUUUUCCAGCAAAUAUAAGAUGUAAAAAUCUCCAAACACUCAAACUUUCUGGUACAGGUCUUGAAAUUUUUCCAGAGAUAGGCCAUAUGGAACAUUUGACUCAUCUUCAUCUUGAUGGAUCCAAUAUAACCCAUUUUCAUCCUUCAAUUGGGUAUCUAACUGGCUUAGUUUUCUUGGACCUAUCCUCCUGUUUAGGUCUUUCUAGUCUUCCUUGUGAAAUUGGUAACUUGAAGUCUUUGAAAACCCUCCUUUUGAAAUAUUGUAAAAAACUUGAUAAAAUCCCUCCAAGCUUAGCAAAUGCAGAAUCCUUGGAGACACUUUCUAUUAGUGAAACCUCAAUAACCCAUGUUCCACCAAGCAUUAUUCAUUGUUUAAAGAACCUAAAAACGUUAGAUUGUGAAGGACUAUCACAUGGAAUUUGGAAGUCAUUGCUCCCCCAAUUCAACAUUAAUCAAACAAUAACCACUGGUUUGGGGUGCCUCAAAGCUCUAAAUUUAAUGGGUUGCAAACUUAUGGAUGAGGACAUUCCUGAAGAUCUCCAUUGCUUUUCUUCAUUAGAAACACUAGAUCUCAGCUAUAAUAACUUCACAACACUCCCUGAUAGUCUUAGCCACCUCAAGAAGUUAAAGACAUUGAACCUGAAUUGUUGCACUGAGCUUAAAGACUUACCAAAGCUUCCAGAAAGUUUGCAAUAUGUAGGAGGAAUAGACUGCAGAUCGAUGUCAGAACGAUAUUAUAACAAAAUUUUGCUUAUCCCUUCUAGUUCUGGGCACCAACUUUACCUUACUUUUAUCAUUCCUUCCAAGGAUGUGGAUGUAGAAUGUGACAUGAAUGAGUUCCAACAUUCGAUAUUUACUCGAAGAUCAUUUGAGCUAAACAUUAUAGAAGAGAAACCAUCCAUGAUCGUCCAUGACGCUGUUGACAUGUUCCACUGGUUUGGCCAGAUAAAUGAAGGGAAUUGGACAAACAUUCAGUAUGAGCAAGAAUUCUCGAUCAGUAAACCACUCAAUAUUAUGUAUGAAGAUGUUGAUCUAAGCAAUGUUUGUGGAGUUUUCCUUUCAACAAACAUUGAAUUUCCAGAAAAUUUAAAUCAUCUUGCAAUUGGAAGAUUCUUAGUUAGCUUUGAAAUUGAUGGGAAAUGUUCUGGUGGAACAAUGAAUUAUGAGAUGUCCCAAUUUAAAGCUGCAAGAUUCUUUUGGGCAGCAUACAUACCAAUUUGGAUGUUUAAAGAUCAUAGUGUGAUGGUUCAAAGAUGUUGCUCUAUGAAGGUUACAAUUAGUUAUUGUUGUGAUCAUAUAGAUGCAAGCAAGGUCAAAAUUAAAGCAUGUGGUGUUUCUUCUAUGCUCUCCUGGCCAAAUGUAGCAGAGUAUUUGGCAAAAUUGUUCACUAAGCGUUUUUGCUCUAAACGCAAUUUCUACACCAUGAUUCGACAACAUAAUGAUCAUCAGAAUGAAUGCAGGUGUGAUGAACUUGAAGUUCGAAAGGAUGACUUUUCAUCCUCUACAUUUGAAUCUAACGAUUCAACAUUUUUGCUCAGGAAGAACCUCAGAGCAAUACUUGGGGUAAUGUUCGAGGAAAAAAAGCGUUACUACAUGAAAUACUUCUUCCCACAUACAAAUAUUUUUGGAUGGUUCAAAAAUCAGAAUAAGAAAGACAAAGUAGCAGUGAAGAUUCCCGUAAAUAUAGAAAAAGACAGGAAGUGGAUGGGGUUGGCAAUGUUUGUUGUCUUCUCGAUUUCUGAGAAAGCUUCUUGUUAUUGUUUUGAGUAUGAAAUACAAACAAAGGAGAAAAUUAUAUCCACCCAAAGGCACUCUAUCUCUACAGAUCAGGUUUUAGAGUAUUCAAAUCAAAUACUGUUUGUGGCUUUUGAACCGCGGUAUAAUUGGUAUCCUUAUGAUGAACUGAAGUCUUCUUCAUCCAACCAUGUUUUCAUUAAUUUCAAUACUAAUGGUGCAAGAAUGCGAGUAGAGUUUUGUGGAGCUCGUUUAGUUUACCAGCAAAAUGUUGAGGGACUUAUUCACACAAUUAUGAAUUGCAUAGAGGAGAGUGGUGAUGAGCUUUAUGAAUAUUAUAACCAACAAAUUGUGGAAUCUCAUUUAAACUUGAUAAAUGCACAUUGGUAUACUAUCUCAUUCCGUCGAAAUAACUCUGUGAAGAAUCAACCAUCAACUGCUGCUUCAACUUGUACUGCUUCAAGCCUUUCAGUUGAGCACCUUUUAUAUGGAAGUUUCCCACACCCAUUCUUCCAUAAGUCCUUACAGGCUCUACUAAGAUGGAGAUUGAAAAGAAACCCUCGAACACGCUUACAAAUCUCUCUCUCCAAAUACUCCAACCAAAGCUAUUUGGAUCCAGUUCUACCAUUCGACAUCUUGGAAUAAAAUAAGAGAAACCCUUUCCAAAACAGAAAAAUACAUGACUGUAUUUUGCUUAGUAUCAUUCUAAAAUACCGAAGAAUAAAAACAUCAAUGUUCUUAGUUUUAAUUCUUCUUCAGCAACAAAAUCGAUCACGGCCCACUUAUAUUUUUCCUUAAGAAACCUCCUAUAGAAUAAAAUGUCGCCAGAUGGACGUUGAGAAAGAAAAAUUUUUCUCCACAUAAAAUUUAUUAAAUCUUAAAUCUUAACUUGUUAUAGAAUAUUAUAAUACAUACAAGGAAAAGAUUCAAGACUAGGAUCUUCUAGGGGAAGUAGAGAUACCUUGUAAAGUUUGUAACUUCGUAUCACCAACAUUUAGGUCCAUUCUUGUGCGUAAGGUGAACUUCCACGAUAAGUUUGUAUCACCAAAAUUUUCUACUUGAAUGGCAAGUUUAUUCAUCCAUUGCACCUUUUCAUUUUCUGUUUUUCUCUCUUUGUCAAUCAAACGUUGAGAUUUUGAUUAUUGCUUAACAACAUUUAUUUUUUCUAUUGAAUUCAUUCUCUUCGGCAUCUGUCUUUUUUCUUCCAUAAAACAUAGAUAUUAUUUAUUUAUCGUUAGAAUGCCUUGAGUUUUUCGGAGUGUAUUCUUCUUACACUCCGAAUGACCAAGCAUGAGUUAUCCUAUAUAAAAUCUUCUAAACUUAUUGGCACCUUUGUAAUAUGUAUUAUCUGAUAUCUCUCUAACAAUAAAU